CUGACAGGCUUCUCGCUGAGACACCCGGAAGCAGUCGUAGGUUUAGGUGACGCUGCAUUAGACUGCAAGACAUGAUCCGGUCCAAGCUAUUGGGGUUGCUCCUCCUCAGCCUGGCUCUUGCUGGGGUUCAGGCGCUCACACCGUCUCACCACCUGUCCCUGUCUGAUGUGGCCCGGCUGCAAAACCUCCUGAACCAACCUUUCGACAGCCUGGAGUCCGCCUACUACUCCGUGGUUGGGCUCACCAAGCUCGGAGCGGCUGUUCCGGACCCCGCGGAAGUGUGUCAGUUCCUGAAGUCCCAGCUCGACCCCAGCAGCGUGGAUUCUCUGUUCUUCGCGGCUGAGACCAGCCAGGCCAUCUCAGGGUGUGAGAUUCCUGUAUCCAAUGAAACCAGAGACCUCCUUCUGGCAGCAGUCAGCGAGGACUCCUCCAUGUCUCAGAUUCAUCGAGCGGUGGGCGCUCUCAGCUCGUUGGGCCUGCCUCUGGCUUCACAGGAAGUCGUGGGUGCGCUCACAGCGCGCAUCAACAAGGAGGACAACGUCAUGGCCAUCAUCUCAGCUCUGCAGACUGCGUCCCGCCUGUCCCAGCAGGCAGAACUGGGGGGGAUCCUGGAGGAGAUUGAGGACCUGACGGCUCGUUUGGAUGACCUGGGAGGCGUCUACCUCCAGUUUGAAGAGGGACUUGAGGCCACCGCCCUGUUUGUGGCCGCAGCGUAUGGCCUGUCAGACCAUGUAGACGUGCAGCCCCCUCUCAAGGAGGACCAGGUCAUCCAGCUGGUGAACUCCAUCUUCGGCAAGAAGUCCUGGGACUCUCUGUCCGAGGCCUUCAGUGUGGCGAGUGCCGCCGCCGCUCUGUCCAACAACCGCUUCCAAGUACCCGUCAUCGUCAGCGCUCAGGGACCAGCCACGGUGUCCCACAGCCAGCCAACCCUGCAGCUCCUGGUCACUGAUGUCAUGUCUCAGCCUCUGGCCUCAGCCAGUGUGCUGGUGGAGUCUGCGUACGCUGUGGCCUCCAAGAGCGCCGUCCUCAACCAGGCACCUUUCACUCACAAUGAUGGCGUCUUUGAACUCAACUUCAUGUCCAGCCGGCCGGCCAGUGGAUAUUACCAGUUCACUAUCAACGUGGGCGGGGACAGCCGCCUGGUGGCCAAUCAGGUCGAGCUGAAGGUGAAGGUUUCCACGGAGGUUUCUGUCACCAACAUGGACCUGUCUGUGGUGGACAAGGACCAGAGCAUCGGCACCAAGACCAGCAGGGUGCAGUAUCCCUCCAAAGCCAAGAGCUCCUUCACAGCAGACAGCCACCAGAACUUCGCCAUGUCCUUCCAGCUGGUUGACGUCAACAGCGGCCAGGAGCUCACCCCUCACCAGACCUUCGUGCGGCUGCACAACCAGAAGACGGGCCAGGAGGUGGUGUUCGUCGCUGAGCCCGACAGCAAGAAGCUCUACAAGUUCGAGCUGGACACGGCCGAGCGCAAGUCGGAGUUCGAUUCCAUGUCUGGCACCUAUUCGCUCUACCUCAUGGUUGGAGACGCUACCUUGGAGAACCCCAUCUUGUGGAACGUGGCCGACGUCGUCCUGAAGUUCGCGGACGAGGAAGCUCCAGCCGCUGCCCAGCCAAAGACCCUUUAUGUUCCCAAACCAGAGAUUCAGCAUCUGUUCAGGGAGCCGGAGAAGAAGCCCCCCACCGUGGUUUCCAACACCUUCACUGCGCUCGUCCUCUCCCCCCUCCUGCUGCUGCUCAUUCUGUGGCUUAAGCUUGGAGCCAACAUCUCCAACUUCAGCUUCUCUCCCAGCACCAUCCUGUUCCACCUGGGCCACGCAGCCCUGCUCGGCCUGAUGUACGUCUACUGGACCAACCUGAACAUGUUUCAGACGCUGAAGUACCUGGCGAUCAUCGGCGGCGUGACCUUCCUCGCCGGGAACCGCAUGCUGGCGCAGAAAGCAGUGAAGAGGAUUGCUGCAGAGCAGAGUAGUAGGUUGGCAAAGUAUAGGAGCCUUCGGUAAAGCACCCCCCCCCCCCCCCCCUUUUGUAACGUUCUGCUUCCAGGCUGAAAAUGGAGAAAAAAUGAGGACGAAAAGAAGAAAGUGACGGUGAUCUAUCUUUUUUUUUUUUUUUUUUUUUUUUUUCUGUUCGCAACAAAAUCAGACUAUGGGGGAAGAAAAAUGGCACAGAGGUUCAAGAAUCCAAUUGACGGUUUAAACAUGCAGUACGGCUGUGUUGCCAAACGGAAGAGACGGAGAGCCGACACGGUCUCUGACAGAGCGGACAGAUUCUGCUGCAAAGCUACUGAUCAUUGCACUUCACCCUCCUCUCAUCUUCUCUUUUUGUCCAACACAGCAGAGUUUUUCACUGAGCUGGGAUUUUCUUUGUGAUUUCUUGAUGAAAUUUGGGUUUUGUCCUUUUUUUUUCUUUUUUUUUUUUUUUUUUUUUGUACAUUCCUCUUUUGUUGAUGCCCAGUGCCCAUUUCACCUCAGAUAGGAGCUUCUUCAUCGAUGAAUAGCAAUUGGACAUAGCGCUGACACCUGGAUUCAUAUUAACCAUGCUGAUGCAUUUGGCUGUGGUACUCUUCUAUUUUCUACAGAAAAAGAAAUUUGUUGGUAAUAAAAUAUGGGCAGUUUCACAAUGUUUUUGUAAUGAAGAUGGGAAAAUAAAGAAGCUGAGGUGAAUUUA